AUGAAGUUUGGCUUUAGUGUUAUUAUCGUUGCUUUUGUCGCUUCCUUGAUCUGGAAAUCAAGUGAGGCAGCAAUCGGUGCACCCAAUACCUUCGGGUCUCCACCGCCAUCUGGUAUCUGCCGGGGAAAUAAACGUGGUUUGAAACCUGCCGACGGUACGCAAAUUGCAAAUGGAUUUUGUUCUAGUCAACUCUUUGGUGAAAUUCCAUCCUCCUCCAAAAUGGUCUCUACUCGCAUUCUCUUCCCCCAGAAUGGUGGCUUCGUGAAAUCGAACCAAAAUUUCACCGCACAGGUUAAGAGCGUCAACCUGAACACCGGUUUCUUUUCGGAUGCUGCUACGGAUUAUUACGAUCUACCACAACAACUUGGUGCUAAUGGAGCUAUCAACGGCCACAACCACAUUGUUAUCCAAUCAUUAGGAGGACCAACUGAUGUUCCGGAUCCCACUGUAUUUGCCUUCUUUAAGGGUUUGAACGAUCCUGCGGAUGGUUCGGGUGUUCUAAAUCAAGUUGUUGGUACUGCGAACAAGCCUGGUUUGUCACCAGGUGUCUAUCGCAUGUGCACCAUGACCUCAUCAUUCACUCAUCAACCUUUGAUUAUGCCUAUUGCUCAACGUGGUCCUCAAGAUGAUUGCGUCAAUUUCUUCGUCAAGUAG